GUUUGAAAGAAAACUAAGGCCCGGCCGUUCCCUUUUCGCUUUCCCCCGUUACCGUGGCAGCGUGCAUCUCCGUGCCUCCUGAAGAAUGAAGCAAGCUGGCCGUGGUUAUUUCUGCUCAUCGCUUUUGGGAUUACCAGAGAGGAGCCCUCUGAGAAAUGUUUACGGCAAGGAUACCCUACUGAGUUUGGAAGGCUUGUUAUGUAUUACUUAUUCCGGCUACAAGGAUGAAAGAAUGAUGUGAUGGAGAUAAAUAUGGGCCAUUGGUCAAGUCCUUUGGCCCCUGCAACUGGCCUCGUCUUCCUGUUUGUUCAGCUUUUGGCCAAUAUCUGCCAUGCCCUUCAAGGGACACAGCCGCUUGGCUUCCACUUCACACAUUCCAUGUACAAUGCCACAGUGUAUGAGAACUCUGCGGCAAGGACCUAUCUUAAUAGUCAAAAUAGAAUGGGCAUCACCAUGGCAGACUUCUCUUGGGAUAUCAAAUACCGGAUAGUGUCUGGCGAUGAUGAAGGAUUUUUCAAAGCAGAGGAAGUUGUAAUAGCCGAUUUCUGUUUCCUUAGGAUAAGAACUAAAGGUGGGAAUUCUGCCAUAUUGAAUCGAGAAAUCCAGGACAACUAUUUAUUGACAAUAAAGGGUUCUGUCCGUGGGGAAGACUUGGAAGCGUGGACAAAAGUGAACGUACAGGUUUUAGACAUGAACGAUUUAAGGCCUUUAUUUUCACCCACCACCUACUCUGUAACAAUAGCAGAAAGCACUCCGUUAAGGACUAGUAUUGCUCAGGUUACAGCAACGGAUGCUGAUAUUGGCUCCAAUGGUGAAUUCUAUUAUUACUUUAAAAAUAAAGUUGACCUCUUUUCUGUCCAUCCAACUAGCGGUGUUAUCUCCUUAAGUGGCCGACUAAACUAUGAUGAGAAAAACCGGUAUGAUCUUGAAGUUCUGGCUGUGGACCGUGGGAUGAAACUCUAUGGUAACAAUGGAGUAAGCAGCACUGCCAAACUUUACAUACAUAUUGAACGUAUAAAUGAACAUGCCCCAACUAUCAGUGUGGUAACCCAUGUUCCAUUCCCUUUGGACCAGGAGCCUACAUAUGCUAUUAUUAACGUUGAUGAUCUAGAUGAAGGUGCCAAUGGUGAGAUCGAAUCACUUUCUGUUGUUGCUGGAGAUUCCUUGGAACAAUUCCAGUUGGCUAAGGAGGGCCGGUGGAUGAAUGAGUACAAAAUCAAAGAGAAAAAGCCAAUUGAUUGGGACAAUUUUCCAUAUGGUUUCAAUCUCACUCUCCAAGCAAAAGACAAGGGAUCUCCUCAAAAGUUUUCUGCAGUGAAACUGGUACAUAUUGCCAGCCCCAAGAGAGAAAGUAACCCUGUAAAAUUUGAAAAGGAAACAUACGAUGUAGCCAUUAGUGAAUUCUCUCCUCCUGGCGUAGUUGUUGCUCUAGUUAAGCUAAUCCCAGAAACCCAAGGAGAAGAAUAUAAAUUAUCUCCUAGUGAGGAUGCUGGAUAUUUUAAGAUUAAUCCCAAGACUGGUCUAAUCACCACUGCGCAUCCUUUAAAAAUUGUUGACAAGGAGUUUUAUGAUUUAGAAGUGCUGAACAAAGAAGGGGAUUUAAAAGCACAGGUUACUGUCAGGAUAGAGGAUGCCAAUGAUCACAUUCCAGAAUUUACACAGGCUUCAUACAGCUCCUAUGUCAAUGAAAGUGUCCCUGUGGGGACUAGCAUUUUGUCCGUUUCUGCCUUUGAUAAGGACCGAGGAGAAAAUGGCUAUAUUACAUACAGCAUCGCUAGCCUAAAUUCACUCCCGUUUUCCAUCAACCAAUUUACUGGGGUUGUUAGCACAUCUGAAGAACUGGAUUUUGAGUCCUCCCCAGAGAGCUACAGGUUUAUUGUCAGGGCUUCAGACUGGGGUUCGCCUUACCGCCACGAGAGUGAGGUUAAUGUCACAAUAUACAUAGGCAACGUAAACGAUAACAAGCCGUUGUUUGAAAAGGUGGCUUGUCAGGGAGUGAUUUCAUCUGACUUCCCUGUCGGCGGGCACAUCACAGCCGUAUCCGCUAUAGAUAUAGAUGAGUUGGAGCUCGUGAAGUACAAAAUAAUUUCAGGUAACGAACUGGGGUUUUUCUACCUGAAUCCAGAUUCCGGAGUUCUGCAACUUAAAAAGUCCCUGUCUAGCGCUGGAAUCAAGAACAAUAAUUUUGGACUUCAGAUAACGGCAACCGACGGGGAGAAUUUUGCUGACUCCAUGUUCAUCAACAUUUCAGUGGUUCAUGGAAAAGUGUCUUCCAAGACUUUUAGCUGCAGAGAGACUAGGGUUGCUCAGAGAUUGGCAGAGAAGUUGCUAAAAAAGGCAAAAGCCAAUGUAAAACUGAAUUCGGAAGAUGGCUUCCUGGAUUUCUAUUCUGUGAACAGGCAGCCCCCACAUUUUGAUAAAUCUUUUCCUACUGAUGUAUCAGUCAGAGAGGACCUUCCUGUUGGUGCUACCAUAUUUCGGAUCAAAGCCUAUGAUGCUGAUUCUGGCUUUAAUGGGAAGGUGCUCUAUACCAUAUCAGAUGGCAAUGUAGACAGCUGCUUUAAUCUUGAAAUGGAGACAGGGCUGCUUAAGGUUCUCAUGCCCAUGGACCGUGAGAAAACAGAGCUAUAUCUCCUAAACAUUACCAUUUAUGACUUAGGCAGCCCCCAGAAAGCCACAUGGAGAUUACUCACCAUAACUGUAGAAGAUGCAAAUGAUAACAGGCCCAUAUUUUUGCAGGAAAGUUACUCGGUUAAUAUCUUAGAAAGUACAAGUCUUGGUGUGGAGAUUAUCCAGGUAGAGGCCAGGGACAAAGAUCUAGGGCCCAAUGGGGAAGUUACUUACUCCAUAUUGACAGACACACAGCAGUUUGCUAUCAAUAGCUCCACAGGAAUAAUAUACAUAGGUGACCAUUUAGACAGAGAAUCAAAGGCAAAUUAUACGUUAAAGAUAGAGGCGAGAGACAGAGCAGAGAGUGGGCACCAGCAGUUUUCUGUUGUUCCUCUGAAGGUUUUUUUGGAUGAUGUCAAUGAUUGCUCUCCAGCUUUCAUACCACCUAGCUAUAGUGUCAAGGUCUUGGAAGAUCUACCCGUUGGUACCGUCAUUGCUUGGCUUGAAACUCAAGACCCAGAUCUAGGUCUUGGAGGACAAGUGCGUUAUUCUUUAGUGAAUGAUUACAACGGGAGAUUUGAAAUCGACAAAGCCAGUGGUGCCAUCCGCCUGAGCAAAGAACUUGACUACGAGAAGCAGCAGUUCUACAACCUAACGGUACGAGCGAAGGAUAAAGGACGUCCCGUUUCACUAUCCUCGGUUUCCUUUGUGGAAGUCGAAGUUGUGGAUGUGAAUGAAAAUCUCUACACCCCUUAUUUUUCUGACUUUGCGGUCAUUGGAUCAGUAAAGGAAAACUCACGCAUUGGAACAAGUGUUUUGCAAGUGAACGCUAGGGAUGACGAUACCGGCAGGGAUGGCGAGAUCCAGUACUCCGUCCGGGAUGGCAGUGGACUGGGGCGGUUUAACAUUGAUGAAGAGACUGGAGUUAUAUACACAGCAGAUAUUCUAGAUCGAGAGACAACCCAGUCCUACUGGCUAACUGUGUAUGCAACAGAUCAUGGCGUUGUUCCACUUUACACCACCAUUGAAGUCUAUGUUGAGGUUGAAGACGUGAAUGACAAUGCCCCGUUGACUUCUGAACCCAUUUAUUACCCAUCUGUUUUGGAAAACUCCCCUAAGGAUGUAUCGGUUAUUCAGAUACAGGCUCAAGAUCCUGAUUCUACCACUAAUGAAAGGAUGAGUUAUAGGAUUACAAGUGGAAACCCUCAGAACUUUUUCAUCAUUAAUACUAAAACAGGUCUCAUAACCACAACUUCUAGAAAACUGGAUCGUGAACAGCAGCCAGAACAUUUCCUUGAGGUGACCGUGACAGAUGGCGGCGUCUCUCCCAAGCAAUCUACAGUCUGGCUGGUGGUUCAAGUUUUAGAUGAAAAUGACAACAAGCCCCAGUUCCCAGAGAAAGUCUACCAGAUCAAGUUGCCUGAGAGGGAUCGCAAGAAGAGAGGGGAGCCGAUCUACAGAGCCUUUGCCUUCGACAAAGAUGAAGGCCCUAAUGCGGAGAUUUCCUACAGCAUUGUGGAUGGAAAUGACGACGGGAAGUUUUUCAUUGACCCAAAGACUGGCAUGGUCUCUUCUCGAAAGCAGUUCACCGCUGGGAGCUACGAUAUCUUAACCAUAAAAGCCGUGGACAACGGCCGGCCACAGAAAUCUUCAUCCGCCCGCCUCCACAUUGAGUGGAUAAAGAAACCAGCACCUUCGCCAAUCCCGCUGACUUUCGAUGAGCCCUUCUACAACUUCACUGUCAUGGAAAGCGACCGAGUGACGGAAAUCGUCGGUGUGGUCUCCGUGCAACCCGCAAACAUCCCGCUGUGGUUUGACAUAGUCGGGGGGAAUUUCGAGAGCUCUUUCGACGCAGACAAAGGUGUGGGGACAAUUGUCAUCGCAAAGCCCCUAGAUGCUGAGCAGAGAUCGGUGUACAACAUGACUGUGGAAGUCACCGAUGGAACAAAUGUGGCAAGCACUCAGGUUCUAAUCAAAGUCUUGGACAACAACGAUAACGGUCCAGAAUUCUCCCACCCGAGUUACGAUGUCACCAUUUCUGAGGACAUCCUCCCUGACACCGAAAUCCUGCAAGUAGAAGCCAUAGACAGAGAUGAGAAACACAAGCUCAGCUACAUCAUUCACAGCAGCAUUGACUCGAUUAGCAUGAGGAAGUUCAGGAUGGAUCCCAACACGGGAGUGCUGUACACUGCCGAGCGCUUAGACCACGAAGCUCAAGAUAAGCACAUCCUAAAUGUAAUGGUUCGUGACCAAGAGUUCCCCUAUCGACGGAACUUGGUCCGGGUCGUUGUGAAUGUGGAAGACUCUAACGAUCACAGUCCCUACUUCACCAGCCCUCUGUAUGAAGCCUCUGUGUUUGAAUCGGCUGCCAUUGGAUCUGCAGUUUUGCAGGUCACUGCCUUGGAUAAAGACAAAGGAGAAAACGCAGAGCUGAUCUACACAAUAGAAGCAGGGAACACUGGGAACACAUUCAAGAUCGAACCAGUCCUGGGCAUCAUUACACUGUUGAAGGAACCAGACCUGACCACCAUGAGCCAGUUCGUCCUAUCAGUCAAAGUGACCGACCAGGGCUCCCCACCGCUAUCCGCAACAGCCAUUGUCCGCAUAUCCGUGACUAUGUCCGACAAUUCUCACCCAAAAUUCACGCACAAGGAAUGGCAAGCUGAAGUGAAUGAAAACGCUGACUUCGGGACUUUGGUGAUCUUGGUCUCGGCGAUCAGCCAGUCUACGCUAGUUUAUGAGGUUAAGGAUGGCAACACAGAUGGCGCCUUCGCUAUAAAUCCCUACUCAGGAGUCAUCACUAGUCAAAAGCCUCUUGAUUAUGAGCGCACAUCCUCUUACCAGCUGACGGUGCAAGCUACAAACAUGGCUGGGAUGGCGUCGAACGCCACUGUGAACAUCCAGAUUGUGGAUGAAAAUGACAACCCGCCAGUCUUCCUUUCCUCGCAAUACGUGGGCACCAUCAGUGAAGCUGCACCCAUAAACAGCAUCGUCCGGAGCUUAGGAAACAACCCUCUCGUGAUACGAGCCACAGAUGCCGACAGUAACCAAAAUGCUUUGCUUGUCUACCAGAUCGUUGAAUCCACUGCUAAAAACUAUUUUAUAGUAGAUUCCAGUACAGGUGCAAUUAGAACUAUUGCUGAUUUAGAUCAUGAAACCAUUGCGCACUUCCAUUUUCACGUCCACGUCCGUGACAGCGGCAAUCCACAGCUUACCGCGGAAAGUCCGGUUGAAGUCACUAUCGACGUAACGGAUGUCAACGACAAUCCUCCAGUAUUCAGUCAGGCCAUGUUUGAGACUGUCCUGCUUCUGCCAACGUACGUUGGGGUUGAGGUUCUUAAAGUCAAGGCUGCGGACCCCGAUUCGGAAGUCCCGCCUGAAAUGACCUAUAGCCUGAUUGAAGGCAACACAGAGCAUUUUCUCAUUGAUUCUAUGUCUGGGGUACUGACUAUAAAGAACAACAGCCUUUCCAAAGAUCAUUAUAUGCUGAUAGCAAAAGUCUCCGAUGGGAAAUUCUACAGCACUGCCAUCGUGACCGUAAUGGUUAAAGAAGCCAUGGACAGUGGUCUCCACUUCACUCAAAGCCUGUAUUCUACAUCCAUCUCUGAAAACAGCACCAAUAUCACAAAGGUAGCAGUGGUCAAUGCUGUUGGAAACCGCCUUAACGAGCCCUUGAAGUACAGCAUUUUGAACCCGGGGAACAAAUUCAAGAUCAAAUCCACCUUGGGUGUCAUUCAAACGACCGGCGUCCCAUUUGAUAGAGAAGAACAGGAAUUAUAUGAGCUGGUGGUUGAGGCUAGUCGUGAACUGGAUCAGCUGCGAGUAGCGAGGGUGGUGGUGAGAGUUCACAUUGAAGACAUCAAUGACAACGCUCCCGUAUUCGUCGGACUUCCAUACUAUGCGGCUGUACAAGUCGAGGCUGAUCCCGGCACCCUGAUAUACCGAGUGACGGCCAUUGAUAAAGAUAAGGGUGCAAAUGGCGACGUAUCUUACCUGCUGAAGGAGGACUACGGGCACUUUGAAAUUGACAGACGCACCGGCAGCGUCACACUGAAAGCAGCCUUUAAUUCGGACUUAUCUAACAUAGAGUAUUUAAUUAUUGUCAUUGCUAAAGAUGGAGGCAAUCCGUCACUGUCGGCAUCUGUGGAAUUGCCAAUUACCAUAGUUAACAAAGCAAUGCCCGUUUUCGACAAGCCUUUCUAUACAGCCUUGGUAAACGAAGACAUAGAAAUGCACACCCCAAUUCUGAGUAUCAAUGCUACCAGCCCAGAAGGUCAAGGGAUCAUUUACAUCAUCGUAGACGGGGAUCCCUAUAAUCAGUUCAACAUCGAUUUUGACACUGGAGUCCUCAGUGUCAUCAGUCCCUUAGACUAUGAAGAAAAUCCCAUUUUCAAGCUGACAGUAAGAGCCAGUGAUGCUCUCACUGGUGCCCGAGCUGAAGUCACGGUGGACUUAAUUAUCAGCGACGUCAACGACAACGCUCCAGUUUUUGACCACUUUGCAUAUAAUGCCACUUUGUCUGAAGCAUCUUUAAUUGGGACUCCCGUCUUGCAGGUUGUGGCUACAGAUGCAGAUUCUGAGAACAACCAAAUUAUUCAGUAUCAGAUAGUCCAGGACUCCUUCAACAGCACAGAUUAUUUUCACAUUGACAGCACAAGCGGUCUGAUCCUAACAGCUCGCUUGCUGGACCAUGAGCUGAUGCAGCAAUGCAGUUUAAAAGUAAGAGCAACCGAUAAUGGAUUCCCACCCCUGAGCAGUGAAGUUCUCGUUAGCAUCUUUGUGACAGACAUGAAUGACAACCCUCCCAUUUUUAACCAGCUGAUAUAUGAAUCGUACGUCAGUGAGUUGGCUCCUCGGGGUCAUUUUGUGACGUGCAUCCAAGCUUCUGAUGCAGACAGCUCCGACUUCGACCGGUUGGAGUACAAUAUCCUGUCUGGAAACGACCGUACAAGUUUUGUCAUGGACAGCAAGAGUGGCGUCAUCACUCUCUCGAACCAUCGGAAGCAGAGAAUGGAGUCCAUGUACAGCCUGAAUGUCUCCGUCUCUGAUGGUUUGUUCACAAGCACAGCCCAGGUCCAUAUCCAGAUUCUGGGAGCUAACUUAUACAGCCCUGUGUUCUCGCAAAGUAUUUACGUGGCAGAGGUUAGGGAAAACGCUGCCCCGGGAACCAAAGUUAUCCACGUAAAAGCAACAGAUGGAGAUUCAGGCAUAUAUGGGCAAAUAAGCUAUUCGAUCAUAAAUGAUUUUGCCAAAGAUCGUUUUUUAAUCGAUAGCAACGGACAGAUCAUCACAACGGAAAAACUUGAUCGGGAGAUCCCUUUGGAAGGCGAUAUCACCAUAUUUCUGAGAGCCCUUGAUGGAGGGGGGAGAAACACAUUCUGUACCGUGAGAGUUAUAGUGGUGGAUGAGAAUGACAAUGCGCCACAGUUCAUGACGGUGGAAUACCGGGCAAGUGUCAAAGCAGAUGUUGGGAAAGGUCAUUUGGUCACCCAAGUCCAAGCCAUUGAUCCAGAUGAUGGCGCAAAUGCGAGGAUUGCCUAUUCGCUGUACAGCGAGGCCUCGGUUUCUGUUGCAGAUCUACUGGAAAUUGACCCCGACAAUGGAUGGAUGGUAACCAAGGGUAAUUUUAACCAGCUAAAAAACACAGUGCUCUCCUUCUUUGUCAAAGCAGUUGAUGGUGGAAUUCCUGUAAAGCAUUCCCUUAUCCCUGUAUAUAUUCAUGUUUUACCUCCAGAAACCAUCUUGCCUUCAUUUUCUCAACCCCAAUACUCCUUCACAAUAUCAGAGGACACAGUCAUAGGUAGUACCAUUGACGUUCUGCAUGUUUUGCCUAACCAAGGAGCCACCUAUAGCACAGUCAAUGGUGAAUUGACAGGAAACAACAAAGACGGAGUUUUUAUUAUCGAGCAAGACACCGGCAUCAUCAAACUUGAUAAGAGACUCGACCAUGAGACAAAUUCUGCCUUUCACUUCAAAGUCGCUGCAACCAUACAGCUAGAUAAGGUGGAUGUUGUGUUAACAGUGGACGUGGACAUUAAAGUCUUGGACAUUAAUGACAACAAGCCUGCGUUUGAGGCAGCAAACUAUGAAGCCAUCAUAAUGGAAGGGAUGCCAAUAGGAACUAAACUUGUCCAGGUUAAAGCCAUUGAUGCAGAUUGGGGGGCCAAUGGUCAAGUCACGUACUCCCUCUUAGCAGAAUCGGAGGCUGACAAAAUCACAGAGGUAUUCACCAUUGACAGCAACAGUGGCUGGAUCAGCACCUUGAAAGACUUGGACCAUGAGAAGAAUCCCACUUUCGCCUUUACAGUGGUGUCUGCUGACCUGGGAGAAACACUGUCCCUCUCAUCAACCACCUUGAUCACUGUCACCGUCACAGACAUCAAUGAUAAUGCUCCAGUCUUUGAGCAAGAGAUGUACAAGGGUUCCGUGAAGGAGAGCGACUCACCGGGUGAAGUUGUGGCUGUUCUCAGCACUUGGGAUGAGGAUACUUCUGAUGUCAACCACCAAGUGAGCUACCAUAUUACAGGAGGAAAUUCCAAAGGGAAGUUUGGCCUCGGCCUGGUUCAAAAUGAAUGGAAGGUUUAUGUCAAGAGACCGCUUGAUCGGGAAGAGCAAGACCUCUAUCUUCUGAACAUUACAGCCACUGAUGGUUUGUUUGUAACUCAGAGUGCUGUUGAAGUGAUUGUCACAGAUGUUAAUGACAACAGCCCUGUCUGUGAUCAGGUGACAUAUAUGGCAUUAUUUCCUGAGGAUAUUCCUCCAAACAAGGUCAUCCUUAAAAUUGGCGCUAAAGACGCGGACAUUGGAUCCAACGGUGAAGUUCGCUAUUCACUCUAUGGCUCUGGGAACAACAAGUUUUUCUUAGAUCCUGAAAGUGGCGAACUCAAGACCUUAGCCGCAUUAGACCGCGAGAAGAUCCCCGUGUACAACCUGAUAGCAAGGGCAACGGAUGGGGGAGGCAGGUUCUGUCAGUCAGAAAUCCAUCUCGUUCUGGAAGAUGUCAAUGAUAAUCCACCAUUGUUUUCCUCUGACCACUACACCGCCUGUGUCUAUGAGAACACUGCCACUAAAGCUUUGCUGACGAGAGUCCAAGCCAACGAUCCUGAUGUAGGUGUGAAUAGAAAGAUCGUGUAUUCCCUCGCAGACUCUUCAGAAGGCUUCUUCUCCGUAGACAAGUCCUCAGGAAUCAUCAUUUUAGAACAUCCCCUGGACAGAGAACUUCAGCCUUCGUAUAACGUCACCGUCAAAGCCUCCGACCUGGGCAUUGUGCAGACGUUGUCCUCGCUUGCCACGGUUACAAUCACAGUUCUGGACAUUAACGACAACCCUCCCGUCUUUGAGAGGAGAGAUUAUCUCGUGACAGUGCCUGAGGACACCACCCCCAGUGCCGAAAUUAUCGCCGUUUUUGCCACAAGCAAAGACAUUGGCACAAAUGCAGAGAUCACCUACAUCAUCAGGUCUGGUAAUGAAAAAGGGAAAUUCAGGAUCAAUUCAAAGACAGGGUCCAUAUCUGUAAUUGAACCUCUGGACUAUGAAACAUGUAAGGAUUUCUUCCUAGUCGUGGAAGCCCAAGAUGGGGGCAGCCCAGCAUUAAGCGCCGUGACAACAGUGAAUAUAAAUGUGACAGACGUGAAUGAUAACGCACCAAGAUUUAGCCAAGAGGUCUACAGUGCCGUCAUCAGUGAGGACGCAUCAGUGGGUGAUUCAUUGAUUACUUUGAUAGCUGAAGACCUGGACAGUCCUCCAAAUGGACAAAUUCAUUUUUCCAUAAUCAAUGGAGAUCGGAACAAUGAAUUUUCAAUUGAUCCCAGCUUGGGGCUUAUAAAAGUUAAGAAGAGAUUAGACCGAGAACGGGUUUCAGGAUAUUCAUUAGUCAUACAGGCAAGAGACAGCGGCAUGCCUGCUCUAACGGCGUCUGUGACGGUCACCGUUGACAUUUCUGAUGUGAACGAUAACAGCCCUGUGUUUACACCUGCCAACUAUACAGUUGUGAUUCAAGAAAAUAAACCAGUGGGAACAAGUAUUUUGCAGCUUGUGGUGACAGACAAAGACUCCCUGCACAAUGGACCUCCUUUCACCUUCUCCAUAUUGUCUGGGAACGAAGAGGAAGAAUUUACACUGGACCAACAAGGCAUCCUGCGAUCUGCAGUCAUCUUCAAGCACAUGGUAGCAACUGAAUAUGUGCUCUGUGUUCAGGCAAAGGAUUCUGGGAAGCCUCAGCAGGUAUCCCGCACUUUCAUCCAGAUCCGAGUCAUUGAAGAAAGCAUCCACAAGCCGACAGCCAUUCCUCUGGAAAUCUUUAUCGUCACCAUAGAAGAUGACUUUCCGGGUGGCGUUAUCGGGAAGAUCCACGCAACGGACCAAGACGUGUACGACGUCCUCACGUACGGGCUGAAAUCGGAGCAGAAAAGUUUGUUCAAGGUCAACAACCAUGACGGAAAGAUCAUUGCCCUCGGGGGGUUGGAUAGCGGGAAGUACAUCCUGAACGUGUCGGUCAGCGAUGGGCGGUUUCAGGUACCCAUGGACGUGACGGUCCACGUCGAGCAGCUGAUGCAGGAGAUGCUGCAGAACACGGUCACCAUUCGUUUUGAGAACGUGUCCCCAGAGGAUUUCGUAGGGCUCCACAUGCACGGGUUUAGGCGCACCCUGCGCAACGCCGUCCUCACCCAGAAGCAAGACAGCAUGCACAUCAUCAGUAUUCAGCCCGUGGCAGGCACCAAUCAGCUCGACAUGCUGUUUGCGGUUCAAAUGCACACCGGGGGCUUCUACAAGCCUGCCUACCUGAUUCAGAAGCUCACCAACGCAAGGCGACACUUGGAAAACGUGAUUCGCAUCUCGGCUAUUCUGGAGAAGAAUUGCUCGGGACUGGAUUGUCAGGAACAGCACUGCGAGCAAAGCCUCUCCAUCGAUUCCCAUUCCCUGAUGACCUACAGCACGGCGCGGAUUAGUUUCGUGUGUCCCCGAUUCUACCGGAACGUACGGUGCUCUUGCAACGGAGGAUUGUGCCCAGGUUCUAGUGACCCAUGCACAGAUAAACCCUGUCCAGGGGACAUGCAAUGCGUGGGCUAUGAAAUCAACCGAAGGCCUUUCAUCUGCCAGUGCCCUCCUGGAAAGCUCGGAGAAUGCUCAGGACACGCUUCCCUUAGCUUUGCUGGGAAUAGUUACAUCAAAUACCGGGUUUCUGAAAAUAGCAGGAAGGAGGAAUUCAAGUUGGCGCUGCGUCUGCGGACUCUGCAAAGCAAUGGGAUUAUAAUGUACACCAGAGCAAAUCCCUGUAUAAUUCUGAAGAUUGUGGACGGCAAGCUGUGGUUCCAGUUGGACUGCGGAACCGGCCCGGGCAUCCUGGGUAUUUCCGGCAGGGCGGUUAACGACGGGGGCUGGCACUCGGUCUUCCUCGAGUUGAAUCGGAACUUCACCAGCCUGUCGCUGGACGACAGCUACGUGGAGCGGCGCAAGCCCCCGCUCUACUUCCAGACGCUGAGCACCGACAGCUCCGUGUACUUCGGAGCCCAGGUGCAGGUGGACAACGUCCGAAGCCUGAUGGACAAGAGGACCACGCAGGUCUUGAGCGGCUUCCAGGGUUGCUUGGAUUCCGUCGUCUUGAACAACAACGAGCUGCCGCUGCAGAACAAGCGCAGCAGCUUUGCGGAAGUGGUCGGCCUGACGGAACUGAAGCUGGGCUGUGUGCUGUAUCCCGACGCUUGCGAGAGGAGCCCUUGCCAGAACGGAGGGACUUGUACCAGCGUGCCCUCUGGUGGUUACCAGUGCAGUUGCCUCUCUCAGUUCACCGGGCGGAAUUGUGAGUCUGAGAUUACAGCCUGCUUUCCAAAUCCUUGUCGUAACGGAGGAUCGUGCGAUCCCAUAGGCAGUGCCUUCAUCUGCAACUGCAAGAGUGGUUUAACCGGAGUGACGUGUGAAGAAGAUAUUAACGAAUGUGAAAGAGAGGAGUGUGAAAAUGGUGGCUCUUGCGUCAACGUGUUUGGCUCAUUUUUAUGCAACUGCACUCCUGGAUACGUGGGCCAGUACUGUGGGCUGAGGCCAGUGGUCGUCCCUAACAUCCAAGCCGGCCAUUCUUACGUGGGCAAAGAAGAGCUGAUUGGAAUUGCCGUCGUUCUUUUCAUCAUCUUUUUGUUAAUAGUGCUCUUCAUAGUAUUCCGCAAGAAAGUCUUUAGGAAGAACUAUUCCCGGAACAACAUCACCUUGGUCCAAGAUCCGGCCACUGCUGCCCUGCUUCACAAAAGCAACGGGAUUCAGUUCAAGAACAUGCGGAACAGCGGGGACGGCCGCAACAUCUAUCAGGAGGUUGGGCCACCUCAGGUCCCUGUCAGGCCGAUGGCCUACACCCCUUGCUUCCAGAGUGAUUCCAGGAACAAUUUGGACAAGAUAGUUGAUGGACUUGGGGUGGAGCAUCAGGAGAUGACGACGUUCCAUCCGGAAUCUCCACGGAUUCUAACAGCAAGGCGGGGUGUCGUAGUGUGCAGUGUGGCCCCCAACCUACCAGCUGUGUCUCCAUGCCGUUCCGACUGUGACUCCAUCAGAAAGACCUGGGAAAACGGCACAGAAAGCAAAGGAGUUGACGAUGUGGAAGAAGUGACCUGUUUUUCAGGAAGCAAUAAAGGCAGCAACUCUGAAGUGCAGUCCCUCAGCUCUUACCAGUCGGACUCGGGUGAUGAUAAUGCGUCCAUAGUGACUGUCAUACAGCUUGUCAACAAUGUAGUUGACACUAUAGAAAAUGAAGUGUCUGGUAUGGAUGAAGGACAGAACUACAACAGAGCUUACCACUGGGACACUUCUGAUUGGAUGCCUAGCGCUCGCUUAUCAGACAUUGAGGAGGUGCCCAAUUACGAGACGACAGAUGGCGGUUCAGUACAUCACGGGAGCACGAGAGAGCUGGAAACAGAUUACUACCUUGGCGGUUAUGAUAUUGACAGUGACUACCCUCCGCCCCACGACGAGGAGUUUUUAAACCAGGACCAGUUGCCACCUCCCCUCCCAGGAGACUAUCCAGACCAGUACGAAGCCCUCCCCCCAUCCCAACCAGUGUCUAUGACCAGCACACUUAGCCCGGAUUGCCGGCGACGGCCACAGUUCCACCCAAGCCAAUACCUCCCUCCGCAUCAGUUCCCCAACGAGAUGGACAAUGGUGGAUCUCAGACUGGGAAUGAAUUUAGUACUUUUGGUGUUGGCCCAGGACCAAAUGCAGAAAACAUUAGCGCGGUCAAGAAGCCCUUAUCCUUACACAAUUCCUUGGACGCAUCCUCGUCUGACAUUUCGGCAGGCUGUGGCUUUGAUGACUCUGAGGUGGCUAUGAGUGACUACGAAAGCAUCGAAGAGCUCCACCUGGAUCACCAUCACAUUCACAUUCCGUUUGUGGAGACCCACCACCAGACUCAAGUGUGAAGGAGCCGUUUUCUUGUGGGUGUUGUUGUCGCUGUUGUUUGGUCCCAUUCAUAGCAUAACUGUAAAGAAGACAUUUUUUGCUAAAAAAAAAAAAAUACAAAUAAAUAUAUAGAUCUAUAUAGGGGGCAAGGUGGAAAUCUAGCAUAACCCAUUUUUAACCCUGUCAAGAAACCCACAGUGUCCACGCACAUGAUAAAGAGAGAUCAAAACAUGAUCUCAGAAAAUUGGUCCAUGAGGUCACCCGUCAGUAGAGGGAGGCAAAUGGAUUGAUGACAGAGUGACUUUUCCUCCACCCAGCUUUGUGGAGUGUUGUACUAUUAAAAGUGUUACAAGGCUAAAACACUCGCAGUAUUAAAGAAGAGUUAGAAAUAUUUCCUGUUUCCUACUGGCAUUG